UCAUAGCGAGUGUCACUUGGGAACUCUAGAACAUUCCUUCAGUAACUUCUAAACGUAGUGCACAUAUUUUUUGUCCCUCAAAAAAAUUUUUUUUUAACUGAUGGAAUUCGACCAAUGAGAUGAUCCACUGAGCCGUGUUAGGAACGAACUUGAACGGAAGGUGUUGUGUGCACCGUCGUUACGUUUCAGUACCUUAAAUUCCAACCUGGACGAAGCUAGGAAUGAAGCUAUGCCCUAUUACGGUGGAAGCCCUUCAGUAGGCACUGGGUAUUGCAGCGAUCACGUGAUGCUCAGUAGAUGUGAUGGCGAAUUCACCAGAAUUGCACAUCCCAGCAUCGCGGUAUUAAUUAAAGCGAUGCACAACAUUAGCCGUCAUCACGAACCGAGUGAUGCCACCAUGAGCCAACUAGUCGCCCGCUCAUAUCCUUCUAGAACCCCAACAGAGCGCCCAAAGUCCCGCGCCCAAAUGGCACACCGUCUCGGGCUUUCAGAUGCCGUGCAAAGGAAACACUUUCAUCAAUCUAAAAUGCGGAACCACGAUCCAGGCGCUACACCUCAUGGGGCACAGGCCCUCUCCCGGUUUCUCGCCAUAUUAAUACACCGAUGACCAGCAACGCCAGUGCGGGGUGGCCCUGACAAGAUCUUCCUCGUGAGAAUUAACGACGCGCCGACGGGCAAGCCUCGAAAGGCGUUGCGCUAGACUUGCUUUGGAGUGU